GGGUACUUUAUUCACUGCUUCCUUUCGCGCCGGGUAACCGGAGAGCUGUGCGUCCAUGUGCGCAGUGACUGGGAAUUGCUAGACGUCUGAAAUAUAACAAAAAUCCGAGCCGUAAGCAGAGUUUUCGUCAUGGAUCCUGAGUCUUUAGUCGAGGCCCUUCGGGGCACGAUGGACCCCAAUCUACGGGAGGCCGCGGAGAGACAGCUGAACGAGGGUCACACCCAGGUCAACUUUGUGUCCACACUGCUGCGUGUCACCAUGUCUGAUCAGCUGGAUUUGCCUGUCAGACAAGCAGGUGUGAUUUACCUGAAGAACAUGAUAACCCAGCACUGGAGUGACGGCGACGCUUCAGUCACAGAGACUCCUGCUGUCAACAACAUCCCAGAUGAGGACCGGCUGUUCAUUCGAGACAACAUAGUGGAGGCCAUCAUUCACUCCCCCGAGCGCAUCAGAGUCCAGUUGACGACAUGUAUCCACCACAUGAUCAAGCAUGACUACCCUGGCAAGUGGACGACCAUCGUGGACAAGAUUGGCUUCUACCUGCAGUCAGACAACAGUGCAGGAUGGCUGGGCAUCUUGCUCUGCCUUUACCAGCUCGUCAAAAACUACGAAUAUAAGAAACCAGAAGAGCGUCAACCUCUCGUGGCUGCCAUGCACAUCUUCAUGCCCAUGCUGAAAGAACGCUUUAUCCAGCUCCUCCCCGACCACUCCAGUGACUCUGUCCUCAUACAAAAACAGAUCUUCAAGAUCCUCUAUGCCCUCUUCCAGUACAACCUCCCUCUGGAACUCAUCAACAGGCAGAACCUGACGGAGUGGAUGGAGAUCCUGAAGACAGUAGUGGAUAGAGAUGUGCCUCCGGAGACGAUGCAGGUAGAUGAAGAUGAGCGACCCGAGCUGCCGUGGUGGAAGUGUAAGAAGUGGGCCCUUCACAUUAUGGCUCGUCUGUUUGAGAGGUAUGGAAGCCCAGGCAACACAACAAAAGAGUAUGCAGAGUUUGCUGAACUUUUCCUCAAGGAAUAUGCAGUUCCUGCUCAACAGGUGCUGCUGAAAGUCUUAUACCAGUUCAAGGAAAAGCAAUAUGUGGCUCCCAGAGUACUCCAACAGACACUCAACUACAUCAACCAGGGCAUAGCACAUGCUCUGACGUGGAGAAACCUCAAACCACACAUCCAGGGCAUCAUUCAGGAUGUGGUCUUCCCCCUCAUGUGUUACACAGACAGUGAUGAGGAACUGUGGCAAGAGGAUCCGUAUGAGUACAUCCGCAUGAAGUUUGAUGUAUUUGAGGACUUCAUCUCUCCAACAACAGCAGCCCAGACACUCCUCUUCACUGCCUGCAACAAGAGGAAAGAGGUGCUACAAAAGACAAUGGGCUUCUGCUACCAGAUUCUCACUGAUCCCGCCUCUGACCCCAGGAAAAAGGAUGGUGCCCUCCACAUGAUUGGCUCUUUGGCUGAAAUCCUUCUGAAGAAAAAGAUUUAUAAGGACCAGAUGGAGUUCAUGCUGCAGAAUCACGUCUUCCCCCUGUUCCGCAGUGAACUGGGCUACAUGAGAGCCAGAGCCUGCUGGGUGCUGCAUUACUUCUGUGAGGUGAAGUUCAAAAGUGACCAGAACCUGCAGACCGCUCUUGAGCUGACCCGCCUCUGUCUAAUCAAUGACAACGAGAUGCCGGUUAAGGUGGAGGCUGCUAUUGCCCUGCAGGUUCUCAUCAGCAACCAGGAGAAAGCCAAAGAAUACAUCACCCCCUUCAUCCGGCCAGUGAUGCAGGCACUCCUGCACAUCGUCAGGGAAACGGAAAACGAUGACCUCACCAAUGUCAUACAGAAGAUGAUUUGUGAAUACAGCGAGGAGGUGACUCCAAUUGCAGUGGAGAUGACGCAGCACUUGGCUAUGACGUUCAACCAGGUGAUUCAGACAGGCCCUGAUGAGGAGGGAGGAGAUGACAAGGCGGUGACGGCCAUGGGCAUCCUCAACACCAUUGACACAUUGCUAAGUGUGGUGGAGGACCACAAAGAGAUCACCCAGCAGCUGGAGGGCAUCUGUCUGCAGGUGAUCGGCACUGUCUUGCAGCAACAUGUACUGGAGUUCUACGAGGAGAUCUUGUCCUUGGCUCACAGCCUGACCUGCCAGCAGGUGUCGGCACAGAUGUGGCAGCUCCUUCCACUGGUGUAUGAAGUCUUCCAGCAAGAUGGAUUUGACUACUUCACAGAUAUGAUGCCGCUUCUUCACAACUAUGUCACAGUGGACACAGAUACUCUCCUAUCUGACACCAAAUACCUGGAGAUCAUCUAUAGCAUGUGCAAGAAGGUGCUGACAGGUGAUCCUGGCGAGGACCCAGAGUGCCAUGCAGCCAAGCUACUGGAGGUGAUCAUUCUGCAGUGCAAAGGUCGAGGCAUUGACCAGGUCGUGCCGUUGUUUGUGGCUGCUGCGUUGGAGCGUUUGACGCGGGAGGUGAAGACCAGCGAGCUGAGGACUAUGUGCCUGCAGGUGGCUAUCGCCGCACUUUACUACAGCCCCCCUCUUCUCCUCAACACUCUGGAGAACCUACGCUUUCCAAACAACACGGAGCCUAUCACUAACCACUUCAUAACUCAGUGGCUCAAAGAUGUGGACUGCUUCCUUGGCCUUCAUGACAGGAAGAUGUGCAUACUUGGAAUUUGUGCGCUCAUUGACCUCGAGCAGAGGCCUCUGGCUGUCAACCAGGUGGCCAUCCAGCUUCUCCCAGCAGCCAUCCUUCUGUUCAAUGGCCUCAAGAGGGCGUAUGCCUGUCGAGCGGAGCACGAGAAUGACGAAGAUGAUGACGAUGAAGAUGGGGAGGACGACGACGAAAACAACGCCGAGCUGGGCAGUGACGAGGACGACAUUGAUGAAGAAGGCCAGGAGUACCUGGAGAUGCUGGCGAAGCAGGCGGGAGAGGACGGAGACGACGAGGACUGGGAGGAGGAUGAUGCUGAGGAGACGGCACUCGAGGGCUACACUACAGCUGUAGAUGAUGAAGACAACCUAGUGGACGAGUAUCAGAUCUUCAAAGCCAUACUACAGAAUAUCCAGAGCCGUGACCCAGCAUGGUACCAGGCACUAACACAGACCCUUGACGAGGAUCAGGGCAAACACCUUCAGGACAUUGGCACACUUGCAGACCAGAGACGGGCAGCACAUGAAUCCAAGAUGAUCGAGAAACACGGCGGGUACAAGUUCACAGCGCCAGUGGUGCCAUCUACUUUCAACUUUGGAGGCACUGCUCCAGGAAUGAAUUGAGUCAUCCGUUCUACUUUUUAUUACUCUGUGACUGAUUGUAGUGAAGUGAAAAAAAGCUUGUGUUGUUCCCUUAAGUAGUGGUUCCAGAACUGGUUCUUCUCAGUCAUUCUUCAAUCUGUCAAACGGGGGAAAUAGCGCCGGAAGAUGUGGGAAAGCAACUAAAAUGCAACCAAUGGCUGGGGAAAACAAACCAAGAACUUGAGCACGAUGCAGGAGAAGAAGCUCUGAACAACGUUGUCUUCUGGAGCCCAAUGUGGUGGGGAUACCAUGGCGGCAACUCUUUUGUUUUUUUUUCCCACUUAAACAAAUUUGGGGGAUUGACAGUUAGAAAUUGAUGAUGGGACUAAAUAUUUCAUUAUCACUGUUGUGGCCAAAUGGCCGUAAUAAGAUUAUACCUCUGGUAGUGGUGAUAUCUACAUUAUUUUCUGCAUAAACAAACGCUCAUGUUUAUGUACAUACAAGCCAAGGUUAUUGAUUUUUCAAGUAGCCUUGAAAAACCACCAGAGGCAUUUGUAAGGUGUUAACAGCUGUAUUCAUAUGUAGCAUAUUGGAUACUUCAUAGCACUAUGUGAUGCCUGAUCUCUGUAAAUUAAUGACUAGCACUUUCAUAUUGUUCAGGUAUCCUAGCCUUCUGUAUCAGACUGCAAAUUUUUUAAAUUGACUAUUUAAAGUGAUAAACAGCUGUAACUUUGUUACUUUGCAAGCGACUUCUGUAACGGCUGGUUGUCAAGCAUCUGGUUACAGAGUGGAUCAGUGAGCAACUCGGAAACUAUUGAUUUCAGGAAAAGGAGAGGAUGCUCUUGGUGUUCAGUGUGGCUACAGGACAUGUUUGUGAGCACUGAAAGUACAAUUGAAUACAUCAUUGAAGCGUGUACAAUUGGACUUAUCGUGAAGGUCUCAAGCUUUUGGUUGGUGUAUGGAUGAACCAUCUAUAUAUACACAACAUAUUAAAAAAAAAAAAAAAAGGCUGAGGGAUUCCAUGACCCCGCGUGUUUCCUUAUACAGGCGUAUGUAUUUUCCUACUUUAUAAGUAAGUGGUUAAUAUUUUCAGAUGACUUUUUGUAAACACAAGCCUGGUUCCACGUAGCGACUCUGAAGCAAAGAUGUAAUCAAAGGAUCACAGUGACAACUUGAUUCUAACGUUUCCGUCGCGUCCGAGACGAGCAGCCCGGUGAGUUGUCCAGCAACAUGUAGAAAGACAUAACGGGCGCUGGACAGAGGAUAUGACGGCACUGCAGUUUUACGGAGCCCAUAAUCGAUGCUGAAUAGGCCUUUACUUUCAAAGAAAACACUGGCAUGUCUCUAGGAAAAGCACAGGUGUAAAAGUUAUGGUAAACCAUAGCAGAAUUCAUUUACCUGCUCUGGGCCCUUUAUUGCGACUUAGUCAGUUUACUGAGACACAUGAAUAGAAGAACGGAAAUUGGGUUCAUGCUCCACUAAAACAACCGCUGACAUGCUGUUUAAGAUGAUCUUUAUUCCCUAAACUCGGGGACCUGUUUUGGGUCUAAGUAUACUUUUAAGACCCAUUAUUUAACUUGUGUUCUUAUAUUCUGUGUAUUUCUAAAGUAAUUGUGGUUGAUCACGCAUUGCAUAAAGAAUUGGAGGAACACUGGUUAAUA